AUGUCUGUUGCCUUAUUCCCAUUGUAGCAAAGAUCUGCACAAUGAAAUAUUCUGAAAUACGAAACACCUCAGGUCUAGUGCACAAACAUUUGAACCCGACGGCACUACGUACGUUGUGUGCUACAAUGUGGACUCAAGUUCACUACAUUUUGGACUCCAUUACAUAACCAGGCCACCCAGAACAGUGUAGACCGAGGCUAUAAUAGAGUUUGACGAGACGGUUGGUGCAUAGACCUUCCUGGUUAAUUUAACUGGACAGGUCUAUACAAUCAACAACAUGUCUCAGGUGUUUGUGACGUUGGUGAUUCUGUUUUAUAGUGUUAUUGACUACACAUCGGCUGAUGCCAAAUAUCUGCAAAUUCUUAACAAUGCUUCCUGCUCUCAAGGGAUUGAUGUCCUUAAUGAGUAUAGAUACUACCAGUUAAAUUGGGACGGUGGUGUACUGUCCCCUCACUGUAAACUCGGUUUCAACUUGGAUAGCUCCAUAUCGUCAGACACUCAUGAUAAAGUCUGCGUGGACACAUACACAUACCAAAUCACAGAAUGCCAUUUCACACUGAAGUAUUAUUCAUACAGAAAACGUGACACAAUCCAGGAAUACAGCUGCAGAUCCUCCGAACCGCCCAGGUUUUGUGCUGAAGAAGGAGACACGUUGUGGAUAGAAAUGUCCACUUCGGUUCCAUCCGACUCUUCUUUUCAGCUGAGAGUAAGGGCAGUAAAUACUUACACUUAUAAGGCGGAAAUGAACAAGAUUACCCUAUACAGUAUAAUUGGUGGAAUGUCCCUCUCGUUUGCCUGCCUUUUAUGUACCAUAAUCGCCGUUGUGCGUAAGAAGUACAAACAUUUCCGACUCUCCAGGAUUACAUUUAAUGAAUACAUGGCACAACAUGCCUCUUCCUCAAGUGGUAACCGUAACCAGGGAAACGUCAACACUGAUGAAGAUCUCAAUCAACCUGACGUAACCAUCAAACCUCCACAAUAUUCGGAGAAGGCAGACCAGUACAGCCCGCCUCCCUACCCUGGACUUAACGACAAUGUAACACAAGAGUGAAGUGUACAGGAUACAUUUCUUUUAAGUGUCUACAUAAAAUAUAUCACUGAGUAACCAAAAGAAUAAAACUAAUAUUUUUUUUUAUA